AGCUAGUCUCUCUCUCUCUCUCUCUCUCUCUCUCUCUCUCUUUUGGGAUCUUGGUUGCACAAUGGGAGGCAACCAUCUCUCAUCCCUUAUUCCACUCCAUCCGCAUGCCACGCGACUCGAACUCAAUACCUCUUACUUCCAACGGAAAGAGAUGACUACUGAGCUACUUAGAUGGAGACUACUAGGGUUCGAGAGAGGGAUGCGGCGACCAAGGCAGACAGCAGCUUCCAAUAGCGGCAAGGGUACUAGCAACGGAUUCCAAGGUUCAACAACUAGUUAUUGGGGCAGGGUGAAGAUUGCUAAUAGACCAUGGAAGAAGUUCUCAAGACUAGGGAAGGAAAUAAUUACAGGUACUGUGAUGAGGAAAACAAGUAGCAUGAAUAGACUGGUGCAACCUGGGCAAUCUUAUGCUCAAGAUGUAAUGGGAAAGGGUAACUGGGUUGAAAAGAAUCAAGCACAAGGUAAAAUACUAGAGGAGAAGAAAACAGUGGUGUUCCAGGAGAAAGGGGACACAGCAAAGAUGCAACAGAAUGAUGAGACUGAGGAGAUUGGAUCGUGUGAAAAAGAAAAUGGUCAGGAAAGGAUAGUGGGACGUAUAGAGGAGCAAUCCAAAGAGAUUAUCAUUGACUUUUCUCCAACAAAGCAAGAGAUUUAGUGGUUGAAAAGGGGUAUGGUUGUUGUUUUGAAAUCUUUGAUGUCAUUGACAAGCAUUCAAGAGAGGGUGGAUGUGGAUGGAGGGUUGAUCAUGUUAAUACCAUUAGGGGGAAGAUCAGUGCUGCUUAUUGAACGUCUCAAGGGUUACCUUUGUGAGUAUAUGGAGCAAAAUAAAGAAUUGAUUGAUAC